AUGGCUGAAAACCUGAGCUCGGUGUUGGAGCGCCUGAGCCUCAACACCAAGGAUGCAGACCCAGAAUUGCUCGCGACCCGGCUUGCAGAGGAGGAGAAUGGUACUCUCAAGAACACCAGGCCUCGCAAGCAAACUCGAAAGACCACAGAGGAGCUGCUAAAAGAGCUGGAAAAUGAUUUCCUGGCUCCGUCAUCUCGAUUCAGCCCAAAGUGGUUGAAUCAGCUACAAAAGCGAUGGGAUGUGUCGACCGACUCCACCGACCUUUUUGAGAUUGCACCCACCCAGACACGAACGGUCACACGAUUUUCGCGAGAAGGACUGGAAGGACGAGUGACUGGAUACCACGAAGUGACGGUUCCAGCUUCAAGCAUCAAUGCCAAGAACUCGACAUCGCUUCUUCGCCGACCUGCAGGCCGCGCAGAGUUUGUUCGAGGUGCUGCUGGAUUUUUUCCUUUCGCGCCUGGCGGCCUGGAAGGUGUUCAAGCUAUCGCUGAUAUGGAGGAAGACCCAGAGUCCGCGGACCCGUCGCGAAGCGGUGGAAAACAGGCCGGUCUGGACCGGAUUAUCAACUUCGGAACUGAGGGAGGCCUUCUCACAACACCUCCCGGCUUUAGUCGUGGUUUCGACUUCGCAGAGGCUAAGUCCAAAGAAGCUGCCGAUGAAGAUCAAGAAGUAGAGCAUACCCUUCAGGAGGAGAGCGAGCUUAAGACUGAUGAGGCCGAACGCAUGCCCGAAGCCAAGGGCCAGACACUGGCCGAGGAUGAUGACGAGAUUAGUGACGAGGAUGCCGAAGACAUCGAUGCUCUGUUGCCUGUGGAAUUCCCUGCACUCGAACCACGCAACCCACUGCUCCUGGGUAUCCAGCAACAGAAGGGUAAGGAGUGGGCCCAUGUGGUCGAUGUCAACAAGGAAAUCACAAACUUCAGUGACCUGGUUCCAGACAUGGCCAGGGAAUGGCCGUUUGAGCUGGAUACCUUCCAGAAGGAAGCGGUCUACCAUCUCGAGAAUGGUGAUUCCGUGUUUGUUGCUGCGCAUACUUCAGCAGGAAAAACUGUUGUGGCUGAAUAUGCCAUUGCCUUGGCAUCUAAACACAUGACGAAGGCCAUCUAUACAUCGCCCAUCAAAGCACUUAGUAACCAGAAAUACCGUGACUUCCGCAACGAGUUCGAUGACGUUGGUAUCCUCACGGGUGAUGUUCAAAUUAACCCCGAGGCGAGCUGUCUCAUCAUGACCACAGAAAUUUUGCGAAGUAUGCUGUAUCGAGGCGCAGAUCUCAUUCGAGAUGUUGAAUUUGUCAUUUUUGACGAAGUCCACUACGUCAAUGACCUCGAGAGAGGUGUGGUAUGGGAGGAAGUCAUUAUUAUGCUUCCGGAGCAUGUUACUCUGAUCUUACUGUCCGCGACUGUACCCAACACCCAAGAAUUCGCAUCCUGGGUUGGCCGCACGAAGAAGAAGGAUAUUUACGUGAUCUCCACUCUGAAGCGACCCGUUCCCCUGGAACACUAUCUUUGGGCCGGAAAAGAGAAGUUCAAAAUCGUCGACAACACCAAGCAUUUUCUUGAAGGCGGCUGGAAGAAAGCAAAUGAUAUCAUGUCCGGCAAAGAUGCAAAGUCGAAGAAGGAGGCUGAAGCCGCGGCCCAGGGACAGUCCCAGCGCGGCGGACCCCAGGGACGAGGACGUGGUGGUCAGGACCGAGGCAGAGGUGGCGCUCGCGGCAAUGGACAGCGUGGAGGUGCCCCACAAAGAGGACGAGGAGCUCCCUCCAAUCGCGGCCAAGGAAACAUUGCUCGCACUGGGCGUGGAGGCGGCCGAACGAGUGCUCAGCAAGAUCAGAAUCUUUGGGUCCACCUGGUUUCCCACCUUCGCAAGGAGGAUCUUCUGCCGGCCUGUAUCUUCGUCUUCUCCAAGAAACGAUGUGAGCUGAAUGCAGAUGCUCUAGCUAGACAGGACUUCUGCAACGCUUCAGAAAAGAGCUUGAUCCACAUGUUCAUCGAGAAGUCGCUCACUCGACUCAAGCCUGAGGACAGAGCACUUCCACAAAUCCUCCGGCUCCGUGAACUCCUGUCAAGAGGUAUUGCUGUGCAUCAUGGUGGUCUCCUGCCUAUCAUGAAGGAAAUUGUCGAGAUUCUCUUUGCCAAGUCUCUGGUCAAGUGUCUCUUCGCGACUGAGACAUUUGCCAUGGGUCUCAAUCUUCCGACCAGAACGGUUGUAUUCUCUGGAUUCCGCAAGCAUGACGGCAAGAGUUUCCGCGAUCUGCUGCCAGGCGAGUACACCCAAAUGGCUGGUCGUGCAGGACGUCGAGGUCUCGACAAGGUAGGCUAUGUGAUCAUCACAACCUCUGGCCGAGAUGAGGCCCCGCCAGCCGGUGCCCUGAAGAAGAUGAUUCUCGGAGACCCCACCAAGCUCCGAUCUCAGUUCCGUCUCACGUACAACAUGAUGCUGAACCUUCUGCGUGUGGAAGCUCUGAAGAUCGAAGAGAUGAUCAAGAGAAGUUUCUCUGAGAAUGCAACCCAAGCCCUUCUUCCGGAGCAUGAGAAGCAAGUCCAGCUGUCCGAAGCUAGUCUGGCUAAGAUCAAACGUGAGCCCUGUGAGACUUGUGACCUUGAUCUGGCAGCUUGUCACGAGGCUGCUAUGGAGUAUGAGAGACUCACGAAUGAGCUGCAUGUUGGCUUGCUGUCUUCGCCGGUUGGUAGGCGGCUUUUCUCCGUCAAGAGGCUGGUAGUUUAUCGGAAGGAUGGACUACGCACUGCCGGAGUUCUCGUCAAAGAGGGAGUGACGGGUGGUAAUAUGCCAUGCAUCCAAGUGCUCGAAGUUGGCAGAAUUACCAACAAGCGCCACCCGAGUGACAUUCUCCCAUUCCUGCCCAUGUUCAGAUCGUUCUUCCAGCAGUUACCUGCAAAGGCUGCGUCAAUGCACCUCAAAGUGCUCAAGAUCCCGUUGUCGGACCUGGAAUGUGUGACGAACAUGCAAGUUAAAGCUGGAGGGCCGAUUUGCUCAUACCCCAACGCAGAGGCCAUCAAGUUCGGCGAAAAGGAACUAACCAAAUACACCUCCUCCUGGACCCAAGAUUCGUGGGAUGAGAUCGACUGGUCGCGGAUUAAGGAACUGCAAGUACGAGACAUCCUCGAUAAGCGAAACGCCCAAGCCCAGACUGCACAGUCAUGCCACUGUUUGCAGUGCCCUGAGUUCUUGAAACAUUUCGAGAUGCAACAUGACGAAUGGCAGGUGAAGGAGAAUAUUUCACAGUUGAAGCAGCUGAUGUCCGAUCAAAACCUGCAACUGCUGCCGGACUACGAGCAGCGUAUUCAGGUUCUGAAGGAGCUAGGCUUUGUUGACGACCAAGGCCGCGUGCAGUUGAAGGGCAAGGUGGCUUGCGAGAUCCACUCAGCCGACGAGCUGGUUCUGACCGAGCUGGUUCUCGAGAACGUUCUUGCCGAGUACGAACCCGAAGAAAUCGUUGCGCUACUCUCGGCGUUUGUCUUCCAGGAGAAAACCGAGAGUACGCCAACACUCACCCCUCGUCUGGAGAAGGGUCAACAGGCCAUUAUUCGAAUUGCGGAGAAGGUCAAUGAUUUCCAGAUCAAACACCAGGUGAUUCAGUCUACCGAGGACUCCAAUAACUUUGCCAGUGAACCCCGAUUUGGCCUGGCCGAGGUGGUCUACGAAUGGGCCAAGGGCAUGUCCUUCAACCGCAUUACCGAUCUUACGGAUGUGAUGGAGGGAACUAUCGUUCGCACGAUCUCUCGACUGGAUGAGACAUGUCGCGAGGUGAAGAAUGCGGCUAAGCUAAUUGGAGACCCGACUCUCCAUACCAAGAUGCAGCAGGCCCAGGAGUUGAUCAAGCGCGAUGUGAUUUUCGCGGCAUCGCUAUACAUGUGA